GGGAGACGGAAUAACCGCCGAUUAUGGCAGAAAACUCCAAAAUCGAACUUUUCAUCAAGGCGAGCGACGAUGGAGAAAGUGUUGGAAAUUGCCCCUUUUGCCAGCGUCUGUUCAUGAUCCUGAUGUACAAAGGCGUCCCGUUCACCCUGACCACGGUGGAUAUGAAGAGGGCCCCGGAGGUAUUGAAAGACCUGGCACCCGGAUCACAGCCGCCAUUCCUCCUCUACAAUGGAGAGGUCAAAACGGACACCAACAAGAUCGAGGAGUUUUUGGAGGAGACCCUAAAGCCGCCAAGUUAUCCCAACAUGACUCCCAAAUACAAGGAAUCCACCAGUGCCGGGAACGACGUGUUCCUUCGGUUUUCUGCCUACAUCAAGAACCAGGUCCCUGAAAAUGAUGACAGUCUACAGAGGAACCUGCUGCGCUCGCUGCUUUUGCUGGACCGUUACCUGCAGACUCCCCUUCCGCAUGAACUGGCGGCCGAUCGGAACGCGACCGUCUCACGACGGAAGUUCCUGGACGGAGACAACCUGACGCUACCCGACUGCAACUUGUUACCCAAACUUCACAUCAUCAACACUGUCUGCAAACACUAUCGCAAGUUUGGGAUUCCUAAGGACCUGAAGGGCGUAACGAGCUACAUGAGCCAUGCGGCGGAGCUCAAGGAGUUUAAAUACACCUGCCCCAACGUGGAGGAGAUCCUCCUGUAUUACCGCCCCGUGGUCAAGCAGAUGAAGUGAGGGCCGGGCUCCAGAGAGACAGAAUUUGGUGAAGAGAAGGGACGCCGCUGUGCCGAGAGGCCUUUAAACGACUCCGCAACACGCCUGCCAUCUCGCUUGGGCUGCCGGCCGCUGGCUUGUUGGCUGCCGGCAGCCGGAGGAUCUCCGUCCGUGUUCAUGUUACCGUAUUAACAUAUAUAUACUUUUAUACAUAGAUGUCUAACUUUCAGCCAGUUUUAAGAUAGUAUUUUUCUUGAAGGCACAUCGGGAAUGCGACCGACAGGUCACAGAAGGCUUGUUGUCAAUAUUGUCGCUUCUGCCGAACUUCCUUAACUUUCUCUACAAUAUUAACUGUGUUUAAUACUUUUAUUUUCUUAAAGC